CGCCAUUAAAGAGAGCAGUGCAUAUGAAUUCAAAUGGAAACCUGCAGGACUUGAAAUCACAAUCAUGAGUAGCCGGACUUUUUAAUUAGUUUUACUGGCGUUAGAACUUAGGUUGAUUUUAUGAUAUGUUGUUUUAGGACACGAAGUCGGGAGAUUGUAGAUUCCACUCAGGGUGAAUUUGUGGUUGGUCACCUUUGCUUCACUGAGAUACAACCAGAUAGCGUUAGCUCGUUUGUAUGCUAACGGUAGUUAGCGAGCAGGCUAGCUAGCUGGCUAGCUUAGGUGCCAAGCAAAGGGGGAGGGGAGAGUUGUCUGCACACCUCUGGUGCUUUUAGUAAUAUUUAUUCCUUCGUAGACUUUAAUUUAUGAGUGCAUUGGACUAUUGACCAUGUAGAGAUGGUGGUGAUUUUAAUUCAGGUAGUUAAACAAGCACUGCGUUCGCUUGCUUUUCAUUUCUUUUAGAACAAGCAGUCAGACAAAACAGUCGAGGUUUUGAUGAAUUGGCGAGAGCUGUAGCAAGCCAGCUAAUAGCACUUUACAACGACUUGUUUCAAAGCCGGUGUGUGAUCAAAUAUUUGAAAUCAAGUAUUUGAUCAUUUUCCACAUCACUCUUCUUGUGGUCUGAAAUAAUGGAUUAUUUGACUACCACCUUUUGAAGAUGAGUUCUUGUUUUGUACCAAACGGGGCGAGCCUGGAGGACUGUCAUUCCAAUCUAUUUUGUCUGGCGGACCUGACGGGCAUCAAAUGGCGCUGCUUUGUGUGGCAGGGCCCGUCAUCGUCGCCCAUCGUGUUCCCGGUGACGGAGGAGGACCCCAUCUUGUGCAGCUUCAGCCGGUGCCUUCGGGCGGACGUGCUUAGUGUGUGGCGUCGCCACCAGAGUCCCGGCCGCCGCGAGCUCUGGCUCUUCUGGUGGGGAGACGACCCCAACUUCGCCGAGCUCAUCCACCACGAGCUCUCCAGUAAUGAGGAGGGUGUGUGGGAGAGCGGGCUGUCGUACGAGGCGCGGACAUUGCUCUUCAAAGCCAUCCACAACUUGCUGGAGCGCUGCCUGCUCAAUCGCGGCUUUGUGCGCAUUGGACGCUGGUUCGUCAAGCCCUACGAGAAGGACGAGAAGCCCAUCAACAAGAGCGAACACCUGUCCUGCUCUUUCACCUUCCUCCUGCACGGUGACAGUAACGUGUGCACCAGCGUGGAGGUGAACCAGCACCAACCAGUCUACCUGCUGACGGAGGAUCACCUGGCACUCACGCAGCACAGUUCCACCCCCUUCCAAGUGAUUCUGAGUCCGUACGGCCUGAGUGGCACUCUCACCGGCCAGUCCUUUAAGCUUUCGGACCCACCCACUCAAAAGCUGCUGGAAGAGUGGAAACAGUUCUAUCCCAUCAGCCCCAGCACCAAGCCUGCGCCUGAUGACCACCCCGAGGAUCUGGACUGGGAGGAUGACUCUCUGGCGGCUGUGGAAGUGCUAGUCGCGGGUGUGCGGAUGGUCUACCCGGCGUGUCUGGUCCUGGCGGCCCAAUCCGACAUCCCAGUCAUCGCUCCUUCAGGCCCCACCCCCAUUUCCAGCAGCCUCUACACGAUUGGCCAGUCCUCUGCCAUCUCCAACAGAGACCACGCCCUCUGCUCUGUUACCCUCACACCCCCAACAUCACCAGAGGAGGCUCAGACCGACUCCCAGCCUCCACAGAAGUGGGUUAAGUGUUCCGCGGCGUCGGAUGGCCUGAGAUCGGACAGCAGCGGUCACCAUGGUGGCAAGAUCCCACGCAGCCUGGCCAAUCAGCUGGUCGAGUGCGUGUGGCAGGAAUGCAACCUCAACCGGGCACAGAAGAGGAAGUUGUCGUCUGUCACUGGUGCAACAUCGGAGGAGGAGCCGCAGAAAACCAGCAACUGGGACUUUGUGGACACAACACACAGGACCAAAUGCAACUGCUCCAGGCACAAGAGCCAGAAGCAGCGCUCCGGCCCCACAGGUCCCCCUGCCCCCCCCUCCCUAGGCCAGCCGACCCCCCCGCCCCUCAAGCACAAGCUGGGGGUGGAGAAGCCGGAGAAGGCAGAGAAGCAGCCCAAGCGGUCGCAGACGCCGUUCCACCACCGCGGCUCCCUGUGCGAGGACCCCAGCCUGGAGGGGCCGCCCACCUCGUCCUCCCAAAGGCUGUACCCCCCGCACCCCCACCCCAGCGCCACCGCCUCAACCUCAUCCGCUGCGUCCACUCCCUCUUCCAAACCGCCGGCGCUCCACUCCAGUGCCGAUCCCGGGUCUGCCGACCUCAGCCCCUCCCCCCUGCCACCCCCCCUAAGCCCUCACCCCUGCCACCUGGAGGACGGUCACGCCCAGAGAGCAUCCCAUAAUGCAUUGCACCUGUACCCUGCGCCCUCAUCCUCCUCCUCAUCCACCUUUGACUCAUGUCCGCCCCCCCAGAAGGCGGAGGAUUGUGCUCUGGACAUCAUGCAUCCUCCGCUCCCGCACGGCUACCCACAAUCCCUUGAGCCAACAGUGUUUGUGGGCUCUGCCGUCGACCCCCAGCAGGACUCCGCCCCCAACCCCUGGCGCUACUACAAGUUGCCAGGGCGACGGCAUCAGGACUUUUCCGCUCCUCAACUUCCUGCUGACCGGCUAAAGGGGGAAAUGCACACUACAGCAGACGCACCAAUCUCAGUUACAGAGGCCAUGGCAUCGUCAGGUCGUCCUCUGAAGGUGUGUGAGGAGCGGGUGAAGAUGUAUGUGCAGCAGCAGACUUCACAUCUGGCAGGGGCGCUCUCGGAUGGGGAUGGGGAGGGGGAGGCCGAGGCCGACCCGUACGCCUUCCUGGAAGGGGAUGAGGAGUUCAGCUUCACCGAGAAGAAGGACAAGAUGGCCACAGAGAGGGAGAGCAAGAAGAACAAGAAGGAGGACAACAGUACAACAGCAGCAGAUGAUGGCCAGGAAGCGGCAGGCAGUAAAACUGCUCCCUCCACCAGUCUGAUCCAUGAUUCAGAUCUGACCGUGUCCAUCAACGACCUGGAGCACCUGUUCAACUCUGACGAAGACGAGCACACGCCUAGGUCCAGGAGAGCGGCACAUGGAGCUGAGGAGCGUUUCAGCAGCCGAGAGUCCAAACCUGCCGCCCCAGACCCCCUGUCGUGUGUCAGCUCAGCAGACCUGCUGCACCAGAUGUUCCCCACCCCUCCAUCUCUGGAGCAGCACAUUAUUGGCUACUCUCCCAUGAAUGUGGGCAGUAAGGAGUACGGAGGUCUGGAGGGUCCAGGAGGCAUCACGCUGCUGGACGGGGCAGGCCUCGGAGGCAGCUUCAAGGUGGAGGUGGAGGAGGGAUUCUGCAGCCCCAAGCCAUCAGAGAUUAAGGAUUUCUCAUUUGUAUUUAGAGCGGAAGCGUGCCAGGCGUUCGCAGGCUGCUCGCUUUUCGCUCCCCUGAAGGUUCUGCCCAGCCAGUGUAUGGUGCCCAUGAAGGUGCCCCACGAGUGUGUGUACCGACCUAGCUGGACGCUGGGCAAACUGGAGCUGAUGCAGCCUAUGCCCACCAUCAGUAACCUGCCCAGUGAUACCAGUGGCCUGGACACAGAUUACCAGUCCUACACUCCUCAGACACACACGCCCCUCAUGUCCAACAGCGCGCCGCCUAGCAACAGUGCCACCCCUGGCAUCCUGCCCUCGCCGUCCCCCGCCACGCCCCGCUUCUCUGCCCCCACCCCUCGAACCCCGCGCACUCCCCGCACACCGCGCGGUCCUGCCAGUGCCCAGGGCUCGGUCAAGUACGAGCACUCGGACCUGUACUCGCCAGCCUCCACCCCGUCCACCUGCCGGCCUCCCACCGUGCCGAUGCUGCCGGAGGCACACAGCCUCUACGUGACGCUCAUCCUGUCCGAGUCGCUGCUCAACCUCUUUAAGGACUGUAGCUUCGACAGCUGCUGCCUGUGCGUGUGCAACAUGAACCUGCGUGGCGCCGACGUCGGCGUGUAUCUCAGUGAGGCCGCGGGCACUGCCGCCACUGCCCCCUUCGAGCCGCCUUCCGAGGCCUGCUCCUGCGGCUUCAGCGCCGUGGCCAACCGCCGCUACGGCAACGGCUCCGGCCUCUUUCUGGAGGACGAGCUGGACAUCAUGGGCCGGGGCUCGGAUGCGGCGAGGGAUGCAGAACGGCAUCUGGAGACGGUACGGGCGGCGACAGCGUCGGCCAAUCGCGAACGUCUCCCUGCCGACCUGCUCCUCCUCCUGCAGGACCAGUGCACCAAUCCAUUUUCCUCGCUGACCACACUGGACACGCCCCCACAGCCACGCCCCCCACAACGUCUGGAAGAGCGGGAUCACCGUGGCGACUGUUACCUGGCGCUGGAGCAUGGCCGGCAGUUCAUGGACAACAUGUCCGGAGGGAAGGUGGACGAGGCGCUGGUCAGGAGCUCCUGCCUGCACCACUGGCCCAAGAGCAACGCAGUGGACGCCAGCCAGCUGUUCUCUCAGGAUGUGUUGCGUAUGCUGCUGCUCCUGCAGCCGGUGCUGCAGGAUGCCGUGCAGAAGAAGCGCACCAUGCGCUCGUGGGGUGUGCAGGGACCGCUCACCUGGCAGCAGUUCCACAAGAUGGCCGGACGCGGCUCCUAUGGUACGGAUGAGUCUCCAGAGCCCCUUCCCAUCCCGACGUUCCUGGUGGGCUAUGAGCAUGACUACGUGGUGCUGUCUCCGUUCGGGCUGCCCUACUGGGAGAAGCUGCUGCUGGAGCCCUACGGCUCCCACAGGGACCUGGCCUACCUGGUGCUCUGCCCCGACAACCCCGCACUCAUCGCCAGGGCACGGCUCUUCUUCAAGGACCUCUCCACCGUCUACGAGGCAUGUCGACUGGGCCGGCACCGGCCCAUCUGCUCCUCGUACUCAGACGGAAUCGUGCGGGUGGGCGACACCAGCCCUGCCACGCCUCCUCCCGAGCAGACCCUCAGCGAUUGGUUCCUGAAAAGCUCCACCUCCAGCAGCAGCGAAGCCCUGGCCCGACUCAAGCUCUUCGCCCACACGUGUCGUCACGAGCUCGCUCCUUACCUGGCCUCCCAGUCACUGGACAUGUCGCUGCUCUCCCAGAGUUCCUCAGGAUCGUCACACUCCUCUCAGGGUUCCUCUUCCUCCUCCUCCUCCUCCUCCUCCUCCUCCACCCCUGUGGGUCCCCAGAGCUCCAGCUCCCAGCCCAGCAGCAUGCCCUCCGUCGGGGCCCCCAGCCAGCAGAGCAGCACCCAGCCCGCAGACACACAGAACCAGACCCCAACCCCCACUGAGCCGAUCCCGAGCACUAUGGAUCGGGAGAAGGUGGGUAUACCAACAGAUGGGGACUCGCACGCUCCCAGUUACCCCCCUGCCAUCGUCGUGUACAUUCUGGACCCGUUCAGCUACGAAGAGGGGAGCGGAAACGCACCCAACAGCUUCUGGACCCUGGGCCUGCUACGCUGCUACGCAGACAUGCUGCAGGAGCUGCCACUGCACAUCAGGAGUGCCGUCAGCAUACAGAUCGUGCCGUGUCGGUACCUGCUGCAGCCUGUGCACACGAAGGAGCUGCAUCAGUACUCGCAGCACCUGAAGUCCCUGGCCUUCUCCGUCUACACCCAGUGCCGCCGCCCGCUCCCCGCCACCUCCAACAUCAAGGCCCUGACCGGCUUCGGCCCCGGGCUCGCGCUUCACAACGCCCUUAGGGACCCGCAGCGUCCGGAGUGUGUGCAUCUGUACACGCCGCCGUUCAUCCUGGCCCCGGUGAAGGACAAGCAGACGGAGCUUGGCGAGACGUUCGGCGAGGCAGCACAGAAGUACAACGUGCUCUUCCUGGCCUACUGCCUGUCACAUGACCAGCGCUGGCUCCUCGGCUCCUGCACCGACCAGCACGGAGAGAUGCUCGACACCUGCGUCAUCAACAUACACGUCCCCAACCGGGCUCGCAGAAGAAAGGGUUCAGCGCGACGUAUGGGACUGGAGAAGCUGUGGGAGUGGUGUUUGGGGCUUGUCCAGAUGACAUCAGUGCCGUGGCGGAUCGUGAUUGGCCGGUUGGGCCGGAUCGGACAUGGAGAGCUGCGAGACUGGAGCAUCCUGCUGAGUCGACGGCGCCUGCAGUCAGAAACACGGCGUCUAAGGGACAUGUGUCGCAUGUGCGGCAUCUCUGUCUCUGACACUCCCAGCAUCCUCAGUGCCUGCCUCGUCGCACUCGAGCCACAGGCCUCCUUCUUCGUCAUGCCAGACUCCGUGUCGACGGGCAGUGUGUUUGGGCGCAGCACGACUCUGAACAUGCAGACAUCCCAGCUGAGCACACCGCAGGACACGUCCUGCACACACAUCCUCGUCUUCCCCACCUCCGCCUUUGCCACCGCCUCCAGCUAUACCACAGACACAGACCUGGGCUUCAACGCCAAUGAUGGAGCGGGCGGUAUGGAUGGGAUGGACGGGAUUCUGGACCUGCUGAAUGACAAUGAUCUGGUGGAUCCGGACCUCAUAAACAUCCUGCCCAACUCCCCGACCACCUCCCCCGUACACUCCCCGGGCUCACACUAUCACCAUGGAGGAGACGGCAGCAAGGGCCAGAGUUCCGACAGGAUGGACCCUCGCGAGGAGACGCCCAACAUCCUGCAGCAGCCGCUGGCUCUGGGCUACUUUGUGUCCACUGCCAAAGCCGAACCAUUACCGGACUGGUUCUGGGCCGCCUGUCCACAGGCACAGAACCAGUGCCCCCUCUUCCUCAAGGCCUCUCUGCAUGUGCAUGUCUCUUCUGUGCAGUCAGACGAGUUCCUCCAUAGCAAACACUCCCACCCGCUGGACUCCAACCACACGUCAGACGUGCUGAGGUUUGUGUUGGAACAGUACAACGCCCUCUCCUGGCUAACAUGCAACCCUGCGACGCAGGACCGCCGCUCCUGCCUGCCAGUGCACUUUGUUGUGCUCAACCAGAUGUACAACUUCAUCAUGAACAUGCUGUAGGCCCACACACACAUGGCCUCAGGCAGAACCUGCUGUCGAAUCUCACCCUUCGCACAGAACCUACUCUGCGGAACCGGUUCUGUGUCUUAGUCUCUGUGGAUCCCUUCUGCACUGUGACAUCGGACCUUCUCAGCAGGCCACUCCGCCACCACAGGGUCCUCAGCCAGGUUGUCUUCUGGGUUUUAAUGGGCUUUUAGAAGUGCACGCACCAGCCUCACCAGAAGGGGGCGCUAACCUGAUGUCACUGCGCAAGGUGCUGCCCCUCCUCCCCACAGGUUGGGUGGAACUGCCCCCAUUAGGGGCAUGUGGGCACACUGUCCUUUUGAAAUGACUGGAAAAAUGCAAAUGACGUGAGAUUUACUUCAGUGUCACAAUUCUCAUGAGGCUUUUACAGUUUCCCAGAGUUUUCAUAUUUGGGGGUAGAAUUUUAUCUCUUGAAAGGCCUGCAUAUACAUUAUUUAUUGUAAGUUUCUAAGUGUGUAAUUUCUUAAUCUUUUAUAUAUACAUAAAAGGUGUAUAUAUAUAUAUAUAUAUAUAUAUAUAUAUAUAUAUAUAUAUCAAGCCCUGAGGGUAUGUGUUGCCCUCUGGCUUAAAGGAUUUUAAAGUGUAUGUAAUAAUUGUCUUAAUUAUGAGCCCUUGUCGUCCCUGAGGGCUGCUUUUAGAGAAUUAUUUUUCCAGAGAUGAAAUGUUUCUAUGGCUGUACAGGUGAGAUGUUUCUAUGGCUGUACAGGUGCGAUGUUUCUAUGGCUGUGCAGGUGCACAGCGAAGCAAGCCAACACCAUGUACAGCUGCUCAGAGUGCAAAUAACAGGACAACAGCCAGAGUGUCUGAUUAUAUAUUUUAUAUGACAGAUUUAGAAGAAAGUGUGUGUGUGCGCAUGAGAGUGAGUGUGUGUGUGUGUGUGUGUGUGUGCAUGUCUGCGUGGGUGUGUGUGUGUGUGUGUGUGUGUGUGUGUAUAUAUAUAUGUACAUACAGAAGUGUGGCACUAUGGCUGGUGCAGGUCAUGUUUUAGAAAUAAAGUGCAUUAAUCAGA